CGUCGUCACCGUACCGUGUCGUACCCAUUGAAGGCGAAAAUUGCUUCGGGUAUUAGAAAAUACGACCUUUCACGGAAACUGCCGAUCGAUUACGUUUAAUGGGCUUAAGUGUGUUUUGAACUGGAAUUUUUAGGACUUCAUUCAUAAAAGAUUACCCUUUCGUAACAGUGUGGAUGUAGCAAGAAUUUUCGUUUAUACAACACUUGUGAUGAAGUGAUUUCGAAGGAAACAUUAUAUACAUUCAAAUGGCUGAUUUAACAGAAGAACAAAAGAUAAUUAUAGGAGUUUGUGUUGGAGUUGCAGGCUUGAUAUUAAUUGCAAUUUGUGUGUUCAUAUGCUGCAUCUUCUAUGCCAGAGAUAGACGAAGGAGGAGAAAUGGCUACAAAGACGAGCUGAUAGUCGACAGAUAUGACAACAGAUAUGAUAACAGAUAUGACAAAUAUCCUGUUUACGAGAAAGAGGUUCCGGCUGUAAUAAUUGACCCACCCCCUCCCCCUCCACCUCCGAUGUGGAGAGAACCGGUUUACCACAAAAGGCCAAGGUCGAUCGAGGUGCCAUAUAAAUAUGAUACCUGGGAUAAGUACAGCCUACCACCUCGCAAAUACAGUGACAAUCGCUACAAUAGCGGGUACAGGAACGAGCCUAUCUUUAUUCCAAUGACAGAACCAGAGUAUGUGACCUCGAGAGCACCUAGGAGGGAGCCGGAUACUAUAUAUCUCAAGAGAUCGAGACCUAUAAGAUAUAUCCUAGAAAAGCGAGAUGACAUUAUGUUGGUUAAUGGCAGGAUACGAUAUGUGUCUGAUAAUGCCAGAGAUACACGAUAUGUGACCGAUAAUACCACGGAUGUACGUAAAGUUGUCAGGAAUGAUGAUCAAGUCAAUGAGACAGUUCAAAUGAAGACUCGGUACGUUGAUGAUCAAGCACUCUUAUCCCGUAGCAAUCAUGCGAGACGAUCAGACUACUAUGGCGGAGCACCGCUUAGGAGAUCUAGAAGUUUCCAUGACGCACGAGGGGCCUCGGCAUACGUAGGUGAAUGGGGAAAACGACCUGAAUAUCCCUUACAGUUUAACGAGCGUGCGCUGAGAGAAGGAAAAGACCCGUACUUAUGGUCCUAAAUCAUCAAGUGCUACUUUAUAUAUAGACUCUGAGAUGGAGUGCGAAAGAUCACUGCCGAUAGAUACGUUACAGUUAUAACAAUAAUAAAAUAUAAAAGUGAUAUAUAUUGAAUCAUACAGUAACCAUCAAGGCUCUAUGAAAGUUUCAUUCUUUUAAAUAGUUGUACAUAUAAGAUUAACUGUGCUCGAUUUUCUUAGGACAAUCCGUCGGCCGUUGGUAUAUGUCCGCUUUUUCUUUGUAUCUUGUAUUUCAUAGGAACAAAAUGCAUUUACAAGUAAUAUGGUAUUGUCUUGUUUAGAUUGGAAAGAACAUUUCAUAGAAUUUACUCAUAAUAUAUAAUAACAAAAUGCCAUAUUUAAUACACGGAUGUUUCAUAAGAAUCUCUUGAUUCAGUGCGUGAUAUUGAUUUUUUUUAAAAAUUUAAAACAAUAUUUAAUAACAUAUAAGAUAUGAUUCGGAAAUAAGACUGAUUAGUGGUACGAAUCCAAACAGAUUUUUAGUUGCUGUAGUGAACACAUAUUGACAACAGACAUUUUCCGCUCAGUUACGUACCCCGUCCGACAAACUCCGGCUGUUAUGAAAAAGUAAUUUUUUGUAAUUGCCGAAAAAUGCCGAAGCAGCAUAUGAUGAUACGUAACUUCACGGAAAUGGCCGAAUAUAACAUUACGGGUUCAUCACCUUGAUUAAUGAGAAGUGUUUAAUGUUACGUUAUGCGAAAUAUGAAAAUGACCCUUCCUGAAUACAAGAAAACGUUCAAAGCUAAAAGAUUUUUUAAGCAUUUGAACAUUUAAAGAAAUAGUAUAUGUAACAACUGGAAAACGAUAAACAAUAUUUCUAAAAAAAUCAAAUCUCUGUGUCAUCUGCCAUUAAACUCAAUAAAUAUUGAAAGAGGUUUUAGUACUAAUUACCCUAUACUUUCAUUUCUUUUUGUACAAACGCUAUACACACGAAUCACAGUACAAUUCUGUACACACUAGCAAAAUAAAGCAUGUUAAAACAAUCUUACGUCUAAUUUCGUUUUAAAUACAAUGAAUAAAAAUAAAUCGCUGUAUAUUAUUCUAUCAUGCAUUCUUACGUGUUUUUUCCUCAUGUAUACUCAUAUCAGUUUGACUAUUGUAUAUAAUGUUUCAAAAUGUCGUUUGUUUAAUAUAAUAAAGUUUGUGUAUGUAUUAUAAUUUUAUGUAUAUUAUAUUCACCUCAAGAGUUGCAUAAUAUGAAAAACUGAGGUGUGUUCAGUGGUGUUGUUGUUGGUGCGAUAGAAAAUGAUCAUUUUUGGAAAAAGAUGCUACCUAUGCCACAAGCUUUAAGUAUCUGCUCAGAUAGAAUAUCUUUACUCGGCAAAGAUGGUUUUAGCUUGUAAAUGCUACAGAUUUUAUAUACUGGUUAAACAGACUAUCUCUCAUAUAUGAUAUUGAAAAUUAUGUAGUUAAAAGGCUUCAAAUAUGACAGAGAUCCAGAUUUUUCACACGCACGGGUAUGUGUUUGCCUAAGGAUUUUAUUCUUUAUUUCACAAAGCCUCAAAAUUUAGAAAGUCGCAAUUUUCACACAAUACAAUAUAUAAUUGUAAAACCUUAUUCUGAAGUUUUAAACAUGUAGAUUUUCAUGUAACGAGCACAAUUUUCAAAAAAGAUGCCUAGACUGGUUUAAAUACGUAUUUUCACACGUACACGCCUUAAAAUAUGAAAAGAAGCGCAGCAUUCUGUUCUUAAGAGCUGCUAACAUAUACGUGUAUACUAUUAUGAUAGCUCUAUUGUAUGAAUGAUUACUUUCUGUAUUGUUGAUAUAUUUUCAGAGUAUAUGUAAAUGAUAUAUUUUCUGUACCGCAAUCUCCUAUAGAUCAAAUUAAAUCUAAAUAUUUGUUGAA